AUGGCCUUUCCGGCGCCUUCCACUCCAGCCGGCUGGCUCUUUACAGUUCUCGCUCUGUUCGAUGUUCCCAUGCUAGUCCGUGAGCUCUUCAACCCCAGAAGCAACAGCCAGUAUUUUGAGACCAGCGCCCUGAUGGCUAGGCUUAUCGCCAUUGUUUUGCUGGCGAUAAAUGCAUACGAUCUCACUGCCGCGCUUAACAAUGACCUGACGCUUUUAUGGGUCUCAUGUGCCGCAAGGGCAGCAGCUAUGGCCCUUCCUCUACCCUCCUCACCCACAGGAUGGCUUUUUGCCAUCAUUGCUGGCAUCAGCCUUCCAAUGCACAUCCAUCAGGUCAUCACGCCUGCCGCUGCCAUGAAACAGUUCGACGUCAAUAGUGUCGCCGCACGGCUUAUUGCCACCUUCUUCGCCGCGAUCAACACUUAUGAUCUCAUUGCUGCCGUACAGAACAAUUUCAUCUACCUCUAUCUCUCCUUUGCGACCAGGACCGGGACAUUCUGCCUGUUCGCUAUGGAAGGGACAAAGUGGCGGACAGCUGUAACGUUCGAAGGUCUAGUUUUGGGUGUGACGAUUUUGGGGCUCAUUUUCGGGUAG